AUGACAUUCCUCAAAAUUACUUUUUCGACUCUUUUAUUGUCCUUACUUGGCACAAACAUUUUAGGAUUUGGUCCUUGUGAUCGUAUGGAAUGUAAAAAUAGAGUGUUAGACGAUACUUUAUAUGUGGAUAAAGACUACGAUUGUGGAUAUACUCGUCUUAUACCUAAUAGAAAUAAAAUAGGAUAUGGAGGAAAGAAUGAACAUCAAAAACCAGUAGUUCAAAUAAGUAAUGGUGCAACACUUUCAAAUUGUAUAAUUGGGGCAAGAAAAAAUUAUAAGACGGCAGAUGGAAUUCAUUGUGUGGGAAAUUGUAAAAUUAAAAAUGUUUAUCAUGAAAAAGUUGGAGAAGAUGCUAUUACUUUAUUGGGAACUGAUCCAAAUAGUCAAUAUCUAAUUGACGGUGGUGGUGCACAAAAUGCUAACGGAAAGGUUGUUCAAUUUGAUGGAGCUGGAACUCUAACUAUUAGAAAUUUUUAUGUAAAUUUUUACAUUUUUUUAUAUAAAUUGGGCUCGGUUGAUAGAAGACCUCGAUGUUGA